AUGGCGGACGCGACAUCCCCGCUGAAGCCCGUUCACACCAUCGUCCUUGAUGCUGGUCCCAUCUUGAAAAAUACCCCGCCUCUAUCUACCCUUCUCGCACAAUGUGAGGAACUCCUCAUUACCCCCUCCGUAGUCAGUGAAAUUCGCGAUCCUGAUGCCCGGCAAAGAGUUGAGACUAUGUACCUGCCGUUUCUGAAACAGCGGUCUCCGACCCCCAAGAGUGUCUCUCUGUUGAGUGAAUUUGCCAAGAAGACCGGUGAUAGGGCGGUCCUGAGUAAAACUGAUAUCGAGGUUUUGGCACUUGCAUACGAACUGGAAUGUGAGAGGAAUGGUGGCGAUUGGCGGCUGCGCAGCGUCCCUGGGCAGAAACAGGUGAAUGGCAAGCCACCCGUCAAGGAGGAGGAAAAACAGCCCGAGGUAGCGGCGGCGGAGCCCACUCAGACUGAGGAGAAUACCGAGAAAGCUGAAGUUGAUGUGGUUGCGGAGGACCUGGCGAACACGGCGCUAGAGAACCUGGCUGAGAAGCCUCAUGAUGAAGUUGCCGCCGUGGAAGAAGAACCUAGUCCGGCCGAACAUCCAAUUACCCAAGACCCCCAGGACGAGGAGGAUGAAGCCGCUGACUCGGACGGUGGGGAGUGGAUUACCCCCUCAAACUUGAUGAAGAAGCAAGCCCGCGAUGAGGGUAUGUCUGCGUCUGCAAAACCGGAGCCAAAGGUUAUGCAAGUUGCGACUAUGACAACUGAUUUUGCGUGCCAAAACGUGUUACUCCAGAUGAACCUCAAUCUGCUUUCAUCAACAACCUUGCAGAGAAUCCGCCACCUUAAAUCCUUCAUCAAACGCUGCCACGCUUGUUUCUUCACGACCAAGGACAUGAACAAGCAGUUCUGCCCGCGGUGCGGGAAAGACACCCUUACCCGUGUAUCUUGCACUACCGAUGCCAAUGGGCAAUUCAAGAUGCACCUGAAGAAAAACAUGCAGUGGAACAACAGAGGUAACGUGUUUAGUAUUCCAAAGCCCACCCACGGAAGUUCCAAUGGGAAGUGGAAGGGAGGCGGAGGUAAAGGCGGCUGGGGCACCGAGCUUGUUCUCGCUGAAGACCAGAAGGAAUACGUCAGAGCCACCGCCGAGGAGAGCCGGAGACUUCGGAAGGAACGGGAUCUGAUGGACGAAGACUAUCUCCCUGGAAUCCUGACCGGAGAGCGAAACAAGCAGGGUGGCCGGAUUAAAGUUGGUGCUGGUAGAAACGUGAACUCGAGGAAGCGGUAA